AUGUAUAACCGAUGUCAUGAAAUAGGACAAAUAGGUAAUAAAGAGACUGAACCAAAGGAAUUGAAGUCGAUGGAAUUCAGAAGAAGUUUCGUACCACAUAGACCAAAAAGGGAGAAUAUCCCGAAGCGAGUUGAUUAUCGGAGAGAAGUCGAAAAAUCUCAGGAACUCGGAGAUUCUGAGGAAUCUGAAGAAUGGAUAGAAUGGCUCGAAAUCGUGGAAGAUUUUUAUGAAGGUCGAGUUACUAAAAAUUCUUCAGAAAAUUAUAUAAACGUAGAAAAUAUUGAAGGAAAUGGAAAUAUAUCCGUAAAUCAACUAGUAUUUAUGAAAAAAAUUGAGGAAAACACGAACGAUACUUCGCAGACAGAAAUAACGACGAAAUCAAAGUGCGGAGACAUUAGUACCCAAACCGAAUUUGACAAUCGAAUAGACGUAUUAGAGCAUGAAGCAAUAGAAGUAGUGACGGCGUUGAAUAAUAUGGAGGAUAUAGAACAGGAAAAUGCCGUUUGUUCGGCAAUUUCUACGAUCGAAAAUCAAACCACUGAGGAAACCAUAGCGGAAAUUCCUCGACAUACUUGGGAAACAGACAUAAUAUUAGAAAAUGAUGUCACUAUUCCAGCUCGCACAGAAGCGAUGGUGUACGCAAAACUUAAGUUCAACUUGGAAGGAAACCUAAUAGUUUGCGAGCCAAUAGAAUUAGGAAAUGGAUAUGUUCAUACAGCUAGCUGCUUGUUAGAAAAUUCCUCGAAAAUUUGGGUACGAGUUCUCAAUGUAUCCUUAAAUAAUCUGACCAAAUUCAUGGCUCCAGUAACAAGAAUUAUUCAAUCUUAUGCAGAAGAGGUAGAUUGUACUGCAUUAACGCCACCGUUGUAUUUGAUAGAUGAUCAAUGGAUAGGAUUAUCGCCCUAUCCGACGGUUAAAAAGGCACCAGAAGAGCUAUCACCAAAAUCACAUUUAACGCUGAGCUUUGCCCCUAUCCAGCCAAUUGGCACACUUGCAAUAUAUACUCAGGAGGAAAUAACCAAUGCCCAGAGGAUUUUGACUUUCGGAAACGAAAGAAAAGCUGUGGAAAACAUCAUAGCUCGUAGGGUAGCGGGAUUGGAGACAACCGGGCAAGGUUCCUCUUCUUCAAACAUUUUCAACCCGGAAGAGAUGAGGGAGUUGGCACAUAAUACUAUGCAGCAGAUCUGGGGAUGGUUCACAGACCUUGGAUUAUUCAUGAGUGGACUCAUGGGAUUUUACGCAAUAUUCAGAAUGUUGAAAUAUGCAAUAGGAGUGAUUUUAAAUGGUUUCCACAUUUACCAGACCAUGGGCUGUAGAGUUGUUAUAUUGGCUAGUCUAUGGAAUACACUUACUAUGUGGGUGACUCGUAGCUAUCCCUCUAAUCUAACCACAGCAGCAACCAACGCGGAAGGAACAAAUUUGGAGCGGUUGGAGGAGGUGAGGACCCCAUCAAUUUAUCCUUGCGUCCCAACAUCACCCCAUUGGACAGAACAACAAAGCAGCCGCGAAACGAAAGAAAUGUAA